AUGGACUGGGCUUGCAGCCUUGAGUCUCAGGCCGCAAAGCCCAUCUCUUCACUGCGACUCGUCCACCUCCCAGACCGCAAGCCCGGCGGCCAACCUUACUUCUCUUUCUUACUCCCUCAUCAUAAUAUUCUCCCAUCCGUAUCUGGUGUUGUUCGCUCUCUCUCCACCACCCACUUUAUCAUUCUUUCUCCAACACCAACCUACCAAUCUCUAUUCAUUCAACAUUGUCUUGUACGUUUCUCCCUUUCUCGGGGUCACCUCGCUAUGAAUUGUGACCUUACAGCCCGUUUCUUGGUUCUGUUGGCUGGGGUACUUCUCCACGUUAUCGACCCACCGAUCUCAACAAUAUCGUUGCAUCGUUCUGUCCUCAUGUCUUCCUGA